AUGGAAGCCAGCAGCAGUGUCGUCCAGGACGCAUGGUUAUGGAGUGGUUCAAGAAAAAUUUUAUUGACGGAAGAAGGCGAUGUUGGUGAUGUUGACAUGCAGGAUGGAAUGUAUGAUAUGGGAGUUGAGGCAGAUGAAGCUCUUGUGCAGGUGGAGGGGACAGCUAGUGGAUCCCCAGACCAGUUGAUAAAUCUGGAAGGUGUUACUGUAGAUGAUGUUCUUCAAAUGGAAUUCAACACUCCCGAAGAAGCAAGUGGUUUCUACAACAACUAUAGUCGACUGAAAGGUUUUGCAUCAAGGCAAGGGAAGAAAAUAAGGAAUAGCAUAGGGCAUAUUGUUAGAUAUACAUUUGUAUGUAACAGGCAGGGUUUUCGAGAGAAGAAAUGGUUGGAAAAAAUGGAUAGGAAAAGGGAGCAUAAGGUAGUCACUCGUUGUGGGUGUCUCGCUGAGAUGAGGAUUAAGAAAAAAGAUGGAACCGGGAAUUGGUACGUGUCGCGGUUCAUUGAUGAACAUAACCACGAGAUGGUAUCUGGAAAGUUUGUAAAUUAUCUAAGAUCACAUAGGAAGAUAUCGGAGGUUGAGAUUGCUCAGCUGACUAGUAUGAGGGGAAUUGGGAUUAGUAUUCCAAAGAUAUACGAAUCAUUUGCAGCACAGCUUGGAGGUUUUAAUAAGGUUCCUUUCACGAAACAAGAUAUGUAUAACGAGGUUAGGAGGCAAAGAGAAUUGCAAGGUGGAGAUGUGAAUGCUGCUAUUAGGUUUUUGGAGGGGGUUGCUCGUGUAUAUGGUAGAUAG